AUGCCAUUCACAGUAACAAUCGUUCGUUGCCCGAAAUGUAAUCAGGCUGUUUACCAUGCUGAAGAAGUACAAGCAGCGGGUAAAAAAUGGCACAAAACAUGUUUUAAAUGUGGCUUGUGCAGAAAGAUGUUAGAAUCGACAACACUGGCUGAACAUGAAGGCGAUCUGUUCUGUAAACAAUGUUAUGCACGUAAAUUCGGCCCGAAAGGCGUAGGCUUUGGUGGGGGUGCAGGUACACUCGGUAUGGAUACAGGAGAACAUCUUGGAAAUACAACGGGAUCCGAAAUGACAAAUAAACCACAUUAUGCUCCACCGCCUGGUCUUGAUCAACAGUGA